UAUCCAACAACGAGUAAAGGAGCAAAGCUGAGAGAAAAAAGAGGAGUUGUUGGUGCACAAGUAUUUUUCUCUCUUGGGAGAAGGAAGCGUCGCACACAGCUAAGGGGCGCCCUUAUCGUACUAUAUACUACCAACUUAUCUAUAACUUGACUGCUUGCAACAACUUUGUCACGGAUUUAGAGAGAGAAGGACAGGAUAAUACUUAAAAAAACACACCUUGUGUGUGGUGUGUGGACUGUGCGCGACAGUGCGAGCAAAGGAAAGAGACGGUCGUUGUCAUUUGAAAACGGAAGCCAUCUUGUGGCCUCCCAUAUUAUAUAUAUACUCAGCCUCUUUGAUACAUAUAUGAGUCUGUGUGUACGUAUAGUACAACAGAGAAAGAAAGAGAGCUAAAAGUUCCAAGGGGGUUUGGGUUUGGGUGUAUAUGUAUAUAUACAUACAUAUAUAUACUCGUAAGAAUUGUAUAGUAAUAGAACGCGAGAGAACGUACUAUACACAGUAAGUUAGCAGCAGCGGAGUACAGCGUACAGCUAUAUAUAUUGCAAUACAGCAUCAGCAAAUCUCUUGGUUAUUUGUUCGUCGGUUCGUUCUGUUCUGUGUAGAAGCAGCAGCAGCAGCAUUUCAGUAUCUCGCGCGCGCGUGUGUGUGUGUAUGUGUGUCGUCCUCGGCAUCAGACAGAAUAUCAGCGGCAGUGUAGAAACAACAGAAGCAGCAUCAUCACUAUUAUCAGCAACUCCAAGAGAGAAAGAAAUACACUUGGCGAUCAUAUUCUCUCUCACGCACACAGAAAGACACAUAACGCUUCGCACCGCGUCUGUAACAUUCAGACUAUGCAUGAGCCAUCGUACCCUGCGCUUACAUAGCCAUGGCUGCGACGAGAAAGUUGCAAGGUGAAAUUGACAGGUGCCUUAAGAAAGUGACAGAAGGGGUUGAAACGUUCGAAGAUAUUUGGCAAAAAGUUCAUAAUGCUACAAACAGCAAUCAGAAGGAAAAAUAUGAGGCUGAUCUCAAAAAAGAGAUCAAGAAGCUUCAGAGGUUACGAGAUCAGAUUAAAAGCUGGAUUGCAUCUGGAGAAAUUAAGGAUAAGAGUACGUUACUUGAAUACAGGAAACUCAUUGAGACACAAAUGGAACGAUUUAAAGUUGUGGAAAGGGAAACAAAAACAAAAGCCUACUCUAAAGAAGGGUUGGGGGCUGCUCAGAAAUUAGAUCCUGCUCAAAAAGAAAGAGAAGAAGUCAGUAAUUGGCUUGCAAAUUCUAUUGAUACCCUCAAUUUGCAGCUUGAUACAUUUGAAUCUGAAAUAGAGUCUUUACUUGCUGGUAAGAAAAAAAGGCUAGACAAAGACAAACAAGAUAGAAUGGAUGAACUUAAAACAAAACUUGAAAAGCAUAGAUAUCACAUAAGAAAAUUGGAAACCUUGCUACGUAUGUUGGAUAACAUGUCAGUUGAAGUUGAUACGAUCAAAAGGAUAAAGGAUGAUGUUGAAUACUACAUUGAAUCGUCUCAAGAUCCUGAUUUCGAAGAAAAUGAGUACAUUUAUGAUGAUAUCAUUGGUCUUGACGAAGUAGAACUAUCUGGCGUGACAAUACCAUCAUCGGCGACAACGGACAGUAAUAACAGUAAUGAGACUGGUGGUACACCAACAUCCACAAAUUCUAAUUCUUCACCAAUACCGUCACCUCCAUUAAGUUCAACCAUGCACAAUCAUUCAAGUGAUAGCUCUACGGAUAAUGAUAAGAAAACUAAGCCUGUGAAACCAACAGCAGUUAGGCCACUGGUUAAUUCCCAAGCGAGCAUUCCAACAACGGGAAGCACUGCCAAUGUGAAAACAGCAUUGAUAACAAGCAGCACUCCGAGCAAAACCAUUCCCAUGACAUCUAGCCAUAGCUCCCCUAGCUCCACUACGAAUCAUAUUGCAACAACAAACAUUAACAAUUUUGCCAUGGUAGCUGCCUCUCACAGCAAUUCUCAAGCUGCUCAUGCUGCCAUUAAUAAAGCAACACCGCACCCUAAUGAGAACGGAUUACCGUCGUCUGCAUCGACGCCAAAUGUAACGUCCAUCGUGCCACAAGUCAUUUCUCAACAACAACAACAACAACAACAGCAGCAGCAGCAGCAACAGCAACAGCCGCCGCAACCACUACAACAGCCUCAAAUGACUCAGCAAACACCACAGCCUCAGCAGCAGUUACAACAACAACAACAACAACAACAACAACAACAACAACAGCAGCAGCAGCAGCAGCAGCUACAGCAACCACAGCAAGCAUUACAACCUCAGCAACAGCAGCUUGUGAUAACGGCACCGACGCAAACGCAGCAGCAUAUACUGCUUAAUCAAAGUCAGACUUACAAUAACGAGGUGGAAAUACCGACGCCCGUGCCACCCUCGGUAUCUCCGCACUCGUCCGUGAGCAGUCAAUCCUCGCCCAUUCCCGCGAAUUCAUGUUCCCCAGCGCCAUCCACUGCCAACGGUCUCAUACCCAAACUUUCUGAUGGCAUGUCUUCAUUGAAGUCCAUAGCUCAGCAAGUGAUAGUACGGGCAGGUAUAGAGCUGCCUCCGCCGUCCGAGCCAACGAGAAACAUCUUUGAUAGUUCAAAGACGAACAAUGCUAUCAAUAGUAGUAACGCAACCGCGGAAGCUCACAUUCCACCGCUAUUAGGUGUUGCUCCAUUAGGACCAGUUCCAUUGACAAAGGAACAUCAACAUCAGUUCCAAAUGAUGGAAGCAGCGUACUAUCACAUGCCACAUCCCUCCGACUCGGAACGCCUGAGAUCGUAUUUGCCUCGAAAUAGUUGUAUUACUCCUCCAUAUUAUCAACAGCAACCGCUUCCUCAUUCUGAUAGUGUGGAAUUCUUCCAACGUCUUUCAACGGAAACAUUGUUUUUCAUAUUUUACUACAUGGAAGGUUCCAAAGGUCAAUAUUUGGCAGCUAAGGCUUUAAAAAAACAAAGUUGGAGGUUUCAUACCAAAUACAUGAUGUGGUUUCAAAGGCAUGAAGAACCCAAAGUUAUUAAUGAGGAAUAUGAACAAGGCACGUACAUCUAUUUCGACUAUGAAAAAUGGGGACAAAGAAAAAAGGAAGGCUUUACUUUUGAGUACAAGUACUUAGAGGAUCGAGACCUCAACUAACUGAAAUUCUGUUAUUCUCAAAUCUCCGAAAUGCACUAUUUCUGUAUCGGUAUUAUUGAAAAUUUGAUAGAUAUUAUUUUUUACAGUUCUCUAUUUUCGCUAAUUGUACUAUUAUUUAUUGGAAAACAAGUUAUGAAUAUGGAAACUCUGGUGCAUAACGGACAUUCAGGUCAAACAAAAACACUUUACUCCAUUGUAGCUCUGUAAUGUGCUGAUUCGUUGGGAUGCUCUUUUACAAAAGAAAAAAAAAUGGCAAAAAAAAUUUUUGGAGAAUGAACGACCGAAAAAAUUAUGAAGUUAUCUAAGAUGCGUUUUUAUGGGGGACAGCAAAUUGUAUUUAUAAAUGAUAAUAUGAGAGACACCGAAGACACACUUUAGCGAUUUUACAGUGUGUGGUGUGUGAUAAACAAGAGGAAGAAGUUAUCCUUGUUGGCGACUGACUCUGUAAUACCAGUACAAACAUGUGCGCAGCCUACCUACCACGAUGUGGUAAGGGGGAGGGCGCACGUGCUAUGGUAUGUCUUAAUGUUAGAUUAUAAGUAGCCUUUUUGUAUAAAGUAUAUUGAGGUAAAUCCUUAAGAUGAAUUACUGUACAGAAUGUGUAGAAAUAGUGAAUAAUAA